CUGAACUGGAUCCCAGGAGGGAGAAGCUGAGCUUCCUGGCUGCCUAGGAAGAGGGCUGGCUGGCUGGCUGGAGGACCAAGCUGGUGUGGGCAACUGGACUGACCAAGCUGCUGGAGACUACCCUGAUCUUCUCAUGUCGCUCUGACACCCUUCUGAGGGACGCUGGGCACCCCGAGUCACCAUGGGCAACGAGAACAGCACCUCGGACCACCAGGAGGACACUGGCUCCCACAACACCAUCCUGUGGCCUCCAAGCCCUGCCCCUCCACAGAGUACUUCACCAGUUCAGAGUUCAAGAUCAUUGCAACCACCUGGGAAGAGUCAGUCUCUACAGAAGAAGCAAGGGGACUCACCUGGACCUGGGGCUCGCAGCACUGGGCUAGGAGGCUCCUGCUCUGCUUCUGAGAGUGCAGCCAGCCUGGAUCCAUGUAGUGUGUCCCCAGAGGUGACCGAGCCAGGGAAGCACCCCCAGGAAUCCAGGGGGCCAGAAGGUUCUCCAGUGCCCAGCUCAUCACUGUCCUGGGAACAGGCGUAUCCCUCGGCCCCCAUGCCCUUCACGGAGUGUCCCCCAGAAGGUUGCUUGGCAAGCUCAGAAGCAGCACCUGAAGAUGGUACCCUUACCCAUCACCCUAGGAAGGAAGCUUCCUCUAGUAUCCAAGGGGACGCCUUAGCAACGCUUACUCCUAAAGGGGAUGGCUCCACACAGCACACGAUGGCCACCACAACCCCCAGUGCUGCAGAAGACACAGAACCGAAGGGAGAGGGACCAAACUCAUCCUCCAGAGGCACUGGCCAAUUGCCAGGAAUUUCCCUAGUGCCUCCCCAGGAGUCAAGGACAGAACUGCUGUGUGGAGAGAGUGACUGGCCUGGUGGUUUUGAGUCCCAAGAGAAAGCGGAUGUAGAUGACUUCUCUCCCCCAGCGUCUGCCACUAAGGCCCCUGCUGCCACUGGGCUGAGGAUGGAGAGCUCAGAUGUCCCAGAGGAGUCCCCCGCAAAACUUGAGACCAUGUUCCCACAAGAUCCAGUCCUAAGAUCGUCUGAUAAAGAAAGAGGGGGAGUGGAGGUGCUACCUACGCAUUCAGUCAAGAACUUGGAGUCUCUUGGAGGCCACCAUCCUUCUAAAAGCAACUUGGGGGCUGAGCCUGGAGUUGGAGCGAUCACUGCCGUCCAGGAAAGCUGCCAGCAGAAGGUGGAAAAGCAGCUGCCGCAGGCAGAACGGCCCUCAGACCCACUAGAUUUUGCCACAGCUCCGAGAGAUAGUGACCUCUGGAAGGAGACUCGAGGAGACACCAGAGAUGUUCAAAGCCAACCACAGACAGGGACAUCAGGAACUGGGUCCCAACAGGUUGUCUAUGUGGCAUCAGGUAACCAGCUGGAUGCUAGCUUGCUUGGGAGUACUAAGGCCUCUCCAUUUACUAGAACAGAGGAAACACAUACAGCCUCCAGUCCCGCUGCACAGCCUGCUACUUGGAAUUCUCCCGCUGUAGAGGAGCCCAGCUUGUCUAAGGAGACAGAUUCUGAGGCUGAGAUGCCACUUUCUACAGAUCUGGCCACAGAACAGGUUGAUACGGGGGUGGUGGAACUGAAGCCAGCAUCAGAUCUGGGAAGAACACCAGAAGAACAACCGGAAGGCAGCCUCCGAGGGGCCUUUGCCCCUUUCUUGCAGGGGCAAAAUGAUACAGUCCUAGAAGGGCUGUUGCUACCAACUUUCUCCCAUGGGGCUUCAAAUGAAAGUUCUGGAAAGUCAGUGGGAUCAGGUGAUGGUCCUAAGGCUCCCGAGAAUACUGAAACCAGAGUUGUGGCUCGAGAAGAAAGCAAAUCACUGGGAGACAAGCCUAAGGGACAAGAAGCCAUCAGUGUCCUUGAUGGUAUGGAGUCUGGGAAUCAAGGGGAAGAGAGGUCCCAAGCCUUUCACAGUGAGCUUCAUCUGGAGUCUGACAAAGAUGAGGUUGCAAGGCCACACAGUGACUCUCCCAACUUAGACUCAACACAGCCACCCAGACAGGCGGUUGCUGGCCACAAGGAUGGGCCCCUCUCUGGAUCAGCAGAGGCAGUGAGGCAGGUAGGUGCUGAAUCUCAUAUAACUGGCAUACCCACCCCACUGUACAAACACCAUGAGGAGGACCCCAUCCUGUCCUCAGCAUCGGCUGGAACUGCUGAGCCAUCUCCUCCCCAAGAAGCCACCUGGGCAAGUUCAGGAUCUCAGACCAAAAGCCCCAGCAUGCUUCAGGGCAGUGCAGGAUUGGGAACAACACAGUUACUUCCCGCUUUAGACUCUGAGAAAUCAGGUUUCCUGUCUGUUCCAGCAGUGGAGGAGGAACCCAAAGCUGGGGAGGCGGAGAACAUAUUGGAAAUAAAAAAGAGCCACUCACCCUUGCAGAGGCUGGAGAAGGCCGAACCUGGACAGGAAGUUCAUACCAAUGUGUUACCUCCCCUCAGUGGGAAGAACUCAGUAGUGGGACAUGGACACACUAUGCUUGGUUUGGAUCUAGACUGUCAGGGAAAACUGUCCUGUCCAGAGGACAGCCUCCCACUACCUCCAGAGAACCUGCUCCAGUCAUCCAAACUGGACCCAGAAGCAUCUGUCUUUGCUGUUCUCUGUGAGAAGGCCCAGUCACCUACAAACGUGCAAGGGGCUUGUCCAAGUGGUCCAGGUCCAGGUCUGAAGAAGGGGGGUACAAAUCCUUCCCCAAUCCUAUUACCCACGGAAGGGAAGCCUUGCGUAGGUGCGAGCUUGCCCACUCAUGAAGGAAAGGAGCAGGCUUCAGAACUUCCCCCCAAAGGCAGUCCUUGCAACACUCCAAGUUCAGCACUCGAGGAUACAGAUCUGGGAAAGGCACCAUCAGAGGAAUCAGAACCGCCAACCCCACUGGGACAGAAGCUGCCUGCAUUAGGAGAAAAUGAGCAAGGGGGCGUGGGCAGUGGCGGUCAGCCCUCGGAGAUCCUGCAUCCUGCAGAAGACACUGCUCUUACAGGAAACUUGGGUGGAAAAGAGAGUUGCUGGAUCGGGCAGGGGCAGAGCAAGUCCCAACAGGAGCUGGGUGAUACUUUGAAAGCAGGCAGCCAGCGUGAAGAAGCACGUUGUGGGGACUCAGGUAUUUCUGAAGCAAGUGAUGGACUGCCCCUGCCUCAAGGCUUGGGUAAGACAGAGGUGGCAAGUACAAACACAGUGGAGGCCCCGCCUUGUCCACCUGACUCAGUAGCUCUCCUGGAUACCGCGCACUGUGCUCCGGUCCCAGUGCCUACCAGAGUCACGCCCACCCAGGAUGCCCUAGAGAGUGAGGCCCGUGAUGAGAGUCAGGAAGAGUCGGCCCCACAGCUGGAAAUGGAGCAACUGGCCACCUUCGGUGUAGAAGCACAGGGUCUUCUUGGCAGUUUCCCCAGAGGGGCAGAGCAAGAUGGUAUCGGUGGAUCUGUGGAGGCGAAUGUUGAUGCCCGGGAAGGAGACCCUGGGAUGCAGCAGGCUUCCGAGGGACCAGAUGUGGCUCUGCACAGUGGCUUCUUUCAGACUGAUCAGCACCUCACGUCUGGGAAAGAAGGUUACACCUCCACCCUGACUGAGCCGUGCCAACUUGAACAGCUUGAGCCCAGCUGUGGGGAUUCCUUGGGGCCAGCUGGAGAAUCAGAUAGGAUUCCCGAAAGUACAGUGGACGUUCUGGCACACAGCGCUGUUUCAGAUCCACAGAGGCUCCUGCCGGCUCGACCACCUGAAGAGACUGUGCCUGGCGUCCCUUACCUACAUAUCAAUGGCACUGCAGGGGAGGAUGCAGGAGAUGGUAGCCUGAGACCCGUUUCCUCUGAAGACCCCAGAGCACCUCAUGAACAUUCCUGUCCCACAAAGGAGUUCCCACCUGCUUUGGAAAAUGACACUCCUGGAAAGGUAUCAGCUAUCUCCUUCACCACACUCUUGCAACCAGGGGAAAUCUCUGCAGCCAGGGCUGUUAGUGGUGGCCCUCAAGCUGGAACUACUGAGGGACCAGUGAGUCUCAUGCCCUACUUGGACAGAAUGACAUCCCUGGCCAAAGAUGAGCAGACGACAAGAGAGCUGCAUGUGACUACAGCUCCAGAAGCAAAUACCAGGCCCUCUGAGGUUGCAGCACCCGCUGCCAGUGAGGAUGCAGCAGAAGAGACAGGUGGUCACAGGGAGAGUGCAGUAGAACUUACCCCAGAUCUGAGGGCUGGUGCAUCGGGUAGCGAGGGUGCGAGCUCCAAACAGACCAGCAUAAUUACGGGUCUUCCUGACUUCAGAGAGCACAUCACCAAGAUCUUUGAGCAGUCUGUGCUCGGAGCCCUGGCUGCCGACCGGCCCCAGAGUUUACCUGGUGAAAAGGCAGGAGCAUCAAGGAAUUUUCUGGUUGAGGGACCCGGCAUAUCACCGAACCCAGAGAAGCUUCUAGAUGGGGCUCAAGGAGUGGCUGCUGCCCAUCUCCCUGUACCUCCUGCUGGACUCCAGGUGGAGAAGAAGCAAGAGUCGAUCAUGGAGGCUGAGAUUUCUCAUCUGCUUCCCCAGGAUCCAGCAUCCGAGAAGCUGGGGGUUCUGGCCAAGACAGCCUUGGAGGAGAACCUUCCAGGUGCCAGGGUUGAGGGGGAAGUGACCUGUGACCCAUUGAUGGUGACCAGGGAGAGGCUAGAAGGGACUGGGGAAUUUGACCAGGGAGCUCAGGCUCAUUUGCAGCAGGGAAGAAGCAGGCAGGAGUCAGCAUUGGGCCUUCCCUCCUCUGCAGCUGUUCAGGGGGUACCAGCAGAAAGAGCUCCUGGCUUCCCUGUGGCUCCUCAGAGCCACACAGAAGAGGCUUCUGUUCGAGGGGACAGCAGUCCUUCUGGAAAAGAGAACUUAAAAACACUGGCCAGCGAUAGUCAGCCCAGAGGAGCCGGUACCGGGGCCCCUGUUCACACCAAGUGUUCAAGUAAUCUACAAGGGUCCACCAGUGCCCUGGAGGGCUCUUCUCCUCGCGGAAGUCUUUUGACUGUGCCUGAAUCUAACCGUGAGCCGUGGAUCCCUGCCACACCUGGGGGUGAAAGAAGCCCCAAAGCUGCUGUCAGUACUGCAGAAAUGCAAAAUGUGCUGGCCUACCAGGAUACCCCCAAACCUCUGGCUGGAGAAGUGUUGGAUACUCCUCUGAGGCCUAGCAAAAUGGCGGGAGCUGCUGAGGCAGCAGAAGGUGACAUCACACCAAGCACAGCUGAGACGUGGGCAUGUGUGUCUGGUGACCUCCUUGAAACAGGUACUGCAAGGAUGCUUCCCGCUGUGGCAGGUGACUCAGCACUGCCUGGGAGCUGUCAGGAUCCAGGAUGUGCCAACAGGACUCAGACAAUGGAAGGCACAGCCACCCUUCAAGGGGACAACCAGGCCAGACACCAGCAGGACCAGGAACAACUGGGCCCUCAGCUCCCUGCUCCUGUAGGGCAUGCGAAGACGAGUGUCUCUUCACCUCCAGAGCCCGAUGGAAGCAAAGACGUGAAGCUGGACCUGUUAGCUCCAGAAGAACUCUACACUGGCAGAAAGAGCCCAGGGCCCGGCUCAGCCACCUUACCUUCAAUUCCUGAGGCAUGUGCUCCGCAAGCCUUUUCAGCAGAGGCCGGAGAGUCAGGAGGACCAGAAAGGAGUUCCGACUCGGAGGAAGCCUUUGAGACCCCUGAAUCAACGACCCCUGUCAAAGCACCGCCAGCCCCACCCCCACCACCCCCCGAAGUCACCCCAGAGCCUGAGGUCAGCACUCCACCAGCCCCAGAAGAACCAGGAUGCAGUUCUGAGCCGCCUGUGGUUCCCGAUGGCCCUCGCAGCGAGUCCGUGGAAGGAAGCCCUUUCCGUCCUCCGCACUCCUCCUCGGCGGUGUUCGAUGAAGACAAGCCGAUAGCCAGCAGCGGAACUUACAACUUAGACUUCGACAGCAUCGAGCUGGUGGACAACUUUCAGAGCCUGGAGCCAUGCUCUGCCGACUACAAGGGUCAGGAGUGUAAGGUGAGCACGCGGAGGAAAUCCACCGAAUCCGUGCCCCCUUCCAAGUCCACGCUGUCCCGCUCGCUCAGCCUGCAAGCCAGCGAUUUUGACGGUGCUUCCUGCCCGGGCAGCCCCGAAGCUGGGGCCCUUGCCACAGAUGUGUGUGGUACUGGAUCCAACAGUGCGUCCAGCACCCUUAAGAGAACUAAAAAAACACGGCCGCCUUCCUUGAAAAAGAAGCAGGCCGCUAAGAAACCCACAGACACCCCUCCAGUGAAGGAGACCCAGCAGGAGCCAGGUGAAGAGAGUCCAGUCCCCAGUGAGGAACACCUUGCGCCAGAGACAAAGACGGAGCCGGCCACACCCGAGAGCACUGGGUGUACCUUGUCAGAAGAGACACCCCUGGAGCCCACCCCUGUGCCCACAGCCACCUGUCCUUUGACUUUGGAGAGGGCAGAAGAAGACGUCAACCCUCCGGUUUCUGGAGGUGGCAGAGUGCAGAACUCACCCCCUGUGGGGAGGAAAUCAGUGCCUCUUACCACAGCCCCUGAGGCAGUGGAGGUGACCCUAUCAGAAAGUGGGGGGCAGGGGGACUUCCCUGCCAAAGGACUCUCAGUGAGGCUGGAGUUUGACUACUCUGAGGACAAGAGUAACUGGGACAGUCAGCAGGAAAACGCCCCUCCCACCAAAAAGAUAGGCAAGAAGCCAGCUGCCAAAAUGCCCCUAAGGAGGCCAAAGAUGAAAAAGACCCCUGAGAAACUUGACAACACUCCUGCCUCACCUCCAAGGUCCCCUACUGAACCCAAUGACAUCCCUAUUGCGAAAGGUACCUACACCUUUGAUAUAGACAAGUGGGAUGACCCCAACUUUAACCCUUUCUCCUCCACCUCAAAAAUGCAAGACUCUCCCAAACUACCCCAACAGUCGUACAACUUUGACCCUGAUGCCUGUGAAGAGUCCCUUGACCCCUUUAAGACAUCCUCUAAGACCCCCAGCUCACCUUCUAAAUCCCCAGCCUCUUUUGAGAUCCCAGCCAGCACCGCUGAAGUGGACGGGGAUGGGUUGAAUAAGCCCGCCAAGAAGAAGAAGACGCCCCUGAAGACGAUGGUUGAAGAUGUGAUGUCUGUGUGUUCUCUGUUUGACACUUUUAGGGUGAAGAAGUCACCAAAGAGGUCCCCUCUGUCUGAUCCGCCUUCUCAGGACUCCACUCCAGCUGCCACGCCGGAAGCAGCCCCAGCAAUCUCUGCGGUGGUCCAUGCCACAGACGAGGAGAAACUGGCCGUCACCAGCCAGAAGUGGACGUGUAUGACAGUGGACUUGGAUGCUGACAAACAGGACUUCCCACAGCCCUCGGAUCUGUCUAACUUUGUAAAUGAGACCAAAUUCAAUUCGCCCUCGGAGGGUAAGCAACUCGGUGGCCAGCCCGACCCACACCUUGCCUUGGAGAAUACUGUCGCUAGGGGGCAGAGAGCCAGGAAAGAUACUUGCCAGCCAGAACUGGACUACAGAAACUCCUAUGAAAUCGAAUACAUGGAAAAGCUUGGCUCCUCCUUACCCCAGGAAGAUGACACUCCGAAGAAGCAGGCUUUGUACCUUAUGUUUGACACUUCGCAGGAGAGCCCCGUCAAGUCUCCUCCGGUCCGGAUGUCGGAUUCCCCAACUCCAUGUUCGGGGUCAAGUUUUGAGGAGACUGAAGCCCUUGUGAACGCUGCAACAAAACUCCAGCAUCCUGUCACACGAGGCCUGGUCUCCAACCAGGAGCCUCUCUUGCAGGUGCCAGAGAAAUCCUCCCAGAAGGAGCUGGAAGCCAUGGCCUUGGGCACCCCCACAGAGGCCAUUGAGAUUACAGCUCCGGAGGGUGCCUUUGCGUCUGCAGAUGCCCUCCUCAGCAGGCUGGCCCAUCCUGCCUCUCUCUGUGGUGCACUUGACUAUCUGGAGCCUGACUUAGCAGAAAAGAACCCCCCAGUAUUUGCUCAGAAACUUCAGGAGGAGUUAGAGUUUGCCAUCAUGCGAAUAGAAGCCCUGAAGCUGGCCAGGCAGAUCGCCCUGGCUUCCCGCAGCCGCCAGGACGCCAAGAGGGAAGCUGCUCACCCACCGGAUGUCUCCAUCUCCAAAACUGCCUUGUACUCUCGCAUCGGGCCCACCGAGGUGGAAAAACCUCCGGGCCUUCUGUUCCAGCAGCCAGACCUGGACUCUGCACUCCAAGUUGCCAGAGCAGAGGUUAUCUCCAAGGAGAGAGAAGUCUCCGAGUGGAGGGACAAAUAUGAAGAAAGCAGGCGGGAAGUGAUGGAAAUGAGGAAAAUCGUGGCUGAAUAUGAGAAGACCAUCGCACAGAUGAUCGGCAAGCCCGAGGAUGAACAGAGAGAGAAAUCGGUCUCCCACCAAACUGUGCAGCAGCUGGUCCUCGAGAAGGAGCAAGCCCUGGCUGACCUGAACUCUGUGGAAAAGUCUCUGGCUGACCUCUUCAGGAGAUACGAGAAGAUGAAGGAGGUCCUGGAAGGCUUCCGCAAGAAUGAAGAGGUGCUGAAGAAAUGCGCACAGGAGUAUCUAUCCCGAGUGAAGAAAGAAGAGCAGAGGUACCAGGCCCUGAAGGUGCACGCGGAGGAGAAGCUGGACAGGGCCAAUGCAGAGAUUGCCCAGGUUCGAGGCAAAGCCCAGCAAGAACAAGCAGCCUACCAGGCCAGCCUGCGGAAGGAGCAGCUGCGAGUGGACGCGUUAGAAAGGACGCUGGAGCAGAAGAACAAAGAGAUAGAAGAACUCACCAAGAUUUGUGACGAACUGAUUGCCAAAAUGGGGAAAAGCUAACUUGGAACCAAGUGCUUGGACUUGGCCGUUGCGUGCAAUACGACCGUCGGCACACUGUCGCCCUUCCGAUUCCGUGGACAGGCUCUCUUCUCACUUUAUAUGCACUACUGUGUUCCUUUCUAAGUAAGGUUGGUUUGACCGUAUGCAGUGCCGAGACCUACCGGGAUUCCUUGCUAUCUGUUUGCAUUUUCUAGUAUAAUUCAUAGCAAGUUGACCUCAGAGUUCCUGUAUCAGGGAGAGUGUCAGAUUCUCUUAUAAAAAAGACAAAUUGCUGACCUUGGCCUUGUCCUUUGGUGAGCAGCAUCUGAUGUGACAUGAACAUAUGCAGCCUGCAUAGGGACUCUUGCCUUAAAGAGUGUACAAUUGAUCCACAUUUGCUGGUUGGUUUUUUUGUUUUUUUUUUUUUAAAAAAAAAUGCAUGUUUCAAAUAAAAUUCUCUAUUGUAAAUAAAUUUUUUUCUUUGAGUCUUA